AUGAACCCGACUGAGCUACACCUCUUCCCCACAUCGCGAACCUUCCCCCAUUUAACCUACUUCCGACAUUUUGAACCGUUGCUUCUCGUCGCAAUGGACCAGACUCACACACGAGCCAUCGAGGCUCUCCAAUCAUUCAUCCACCUGGCCCGCUCAAACAGCGCCAACUCACCUCGCUUUAUCGCCAACCUUAUCACAAAUGCCACUUCAAGCCCGCAAACCUAUGUCUUUGCAGAGCUACUUGAGCUGCCUGCGGUCCAGGCGUUACGGUCACCGGAGACACCUGUCGAGUUCAAAGGUUAUCUGAAGCUGCUAGAGAUCUUUGCAUGGGGCACAUGGCAGGAAUAUCAAGGUAAGAAAGAGCUUCCUCCACGAUCUCAAACAUCGACCAUGCACCAGAAUAAUUCCAAAUCAGCUCGAACCGAAAACAUCAGAGAGAAAAUCGCUAAUACACACCCCACAGCGACCCCAGAUCUCCCCGAACUGAAUACAGAACAAACCCUCAAGCUCCGCCUCCUCUCCCUCUUGACCCUCUCAACCACCAUCAAACCCCUCACCUACUCCGCCCUGAUGACAGCCCUCGAACUCCCCACAACAAACGAUCUUGAAUCGCUCGUUACAACCGCCAUUUACGCCUCUCUGAUAUCAGCCCGUCUCUCGCCGGCUUCCAAUCCACCUUAUGUGAACGUCACAGCCGUCGCCCCACUCCGCGACGUGCAACCUCAGUCUCUCCACAAAAUGAUCACCAACCUGACAGAGUGGGAAUCGCGCUGUGGGGGUGUCGUCUCUGAUCUCGAGGCUGAGAUUGCGCGCAUCAAGAGCGAGGCUGCUAGGCGUGCCGCGAAGAGCCAGACAAGGCAGCAGGCGCUCGAUGAAGCCUUGAAGAAAAGACAGGAUGGCACCUGGAAGAGUAAGAAUAAGCGAAGUGGGGGCCGGCUUGGGGCUGGGAUUGGUGGAAGCAAGAGGGAUGCUGAUGAUAUCGCGGAUGAUGGGUUCUUUGAGAAUAUGGAGGGUGAGAAUGGCUCUCGCAUGGAUAUUGAUGAAGGGGCCGGUGCUCGCGCGGGAAGUAGUCGCCAACCUAAGCGGGUGCUUGGGCGCAAGACUUGA